CUGCAGUUUUGUAGAGAAAGACUUUUAAUAAGCUGUUCACUCCGACUUCUAAGAACAUUUUGCCCAACGCCGACUACCCAAGUGGCUAUCAUCGGUGCCGGCUUUACAGGUCUUUCUGCAGCAGCUGUACUUGAAAAGCAUUCCUCAACUAUGUCGUGUACGAGGGAGCUGACCGUUUGGGAGGACGAGUGUACCCAUUUCCUUACGGUUCGUUUAGGUUAAGC